GCAACAUUCUUCUUGACAACAACAAAGGAUGAUGAACAAGAAGUUGGAAAGGGAGUUUUUUGUUUCAUUUGCAUAAAUUGCAGGUUCAUUUCCAGAUUUAUCUGUCGUGUUGACGGCACCGUAUGUCAUGCAGUUAAAAUGUGGGUAACCGUUUCCAUUUUUGUAGAUCCAGUCAGAUAUCAUUAACCCAAGUAACUGAGCUGCUUUCUCAGUGUUAAAAUGAUUCGCAUAGCUGCAUUGAAUGCUGCUUCUUCCACAGCUGAUGAGUCCCAGGAUCCUCUGAGAACAAACAAGAGUCAGACAAAAGAGGCUCAGGAAGCCGAGGCUUUUGCUUUGUAUCAUAAAGCUUUAGAUCUUCAAAAACAUGACAAGUUUGAGGACUCUGCAAAAGCCUAUCAUGAGCUUCUCAAAACUCCACUACUUAAAGAGGCCAUGCCAUCAGAGGAUCAGAGAGUUGGUCUUAAACAUCCUGGGCUGAUGCUGAAAUAUUCCACUUUUAAAAACUUGGCAAGUAUGGCUGCAUUGCGAGAUGACCUGGAGACAGCUAUGGAAUUUUACUUGGAGGCAGUUAUGUUGGAUUCCACAGACGUGAACAUGUGGUACAAAAUUGGUCAGGUAGCCGUGCGACUGGUGCGCAUUCCACUUGCUCGUCAUGCUUUUGAGGAGGGAUUGCAUUGUAACCCGGACCACUGGCCCUGCCUGGAUAACCUCAUAACCAUUCUCUACACACUCAGUGACUACAGCUAUUGUUUGUACUUUAUUGCCAAAGCCUUAGAGAAGGAUCAUUGUUACACUAAAGGCUUGGUUUUAAAGGAGAAAAUCUUUCAGGAGCAGCCAUGCCUGAAGAGAGACACGAUGCAGAUGUUCAUGAAAUGCAACAUGUCCAUUCACUAUGUGGAUGUAGAUGAAGAGGAAUCCAAAUCGAUUGUUGAAGAGGCACUGGAACUACGGAAGCGAAGGCAGGCUCUCUCUUACCGUGAACCAAAGCCUGAUCUUGUCCUGGUUCAACCAAUACGCUCUCUUUCGUGGAAACACGUGGGUGAAAGUCUGCUUGCAAUGUAUAGACAUCAGACUACAUGUGAGCCACCACGUCCAAGUCUGGGACACAGGAUUGAUUUGUCAGAGUACAGCGACCCCAGUUUUUACCAGAACCUGCCUCAACCCAGCAGUCCAGUUGGCACUGUCCAGACUGCAGUGCUCAGCAGCAGUCCCAGCUCUUCCCUGCCUCCAGUGGCUUUUCCUGAGCCGACAGUGCUGCCCCAACCAGGCUGUCAAACGCAGGUUCCUCUCAGCCAGACAACCGUGGAGGUCAUCACAGCUGCUCUCCCUGCCUCUACAGUCAUCGACAUUUCGCUGACAGAAAAAGUGAAGAAAGCUCCUAAAAGGAAACGUACGAUGGAGGACAUCGCAGAGACAGCUAAGCGGCGCUCAGCGCGUGUUCGUAAUACAAAAUGCAAGAAGGAAGAGAAGAUUGAUUUUCAAGAGCUGCUUUUCAAGUAUCUGCCUUCCAGGCUAAAGAAGUUUGAUCCGGAUAAUGAUGAUGAGAGUCUGAGUAAUCUUGAGACGCAGUGUGACGCACACAGUGACAUGCUGUCUCUCCACGGGAGUUGCUUGCCAUUAGACUCAGUUGAAUACAUGGAAUCAGAACAACGGGAUGUUCAUAGCUUCCUCCUCAAUAAUAUGGCCAAUGGUGGCAUAUUGGACCUGAAGAUGCAGUAUCUGAAAGUAGUGGGCCAGAAGUUCAUGGAGGAUUGGCCUCGGGGCCUCACAGUUGUGGUAUUAGAGGUCUAUCAGACCUGGAGGAAACACAGCUGUGGUCUGCCGAACCCUCUGCUUCGGGACUGUAGCAACCGACAUAUUCGUGAAAUGUUGACGAUGAGCUUGGUGUGUAUGGAAUUGCAAUUGGAGCAAUGGAUACACAACAAAGGAAAGACUGUGUGUGCAAGAAGAAGCAGCAUCAGUCUGGGCAGUGAUGCAGUUGACUCAGAAUUUCCUGGGCAACACUUCCAGGAUGAUUUGUUACUCCUGGCCUUAGGUUCUUCCCAGCAAGACCUUUUUGGAGAUGAUUGGCUGGAUGUUAUGGUGCGUGUCUACUGGCUCAAGGCCCGAUUCCUGGCUCUGCAGGGAGAAAUGGACUUGGCUCUCGAGAGCUAUGAUGUCUGUACAGGCCUGUUGCAAAGAAAACCAAAGACUACAGAAGAGAAAUGUUACACAAUCAACCUACCUAACCUACGUGUAGAUGCAGCAAUUUCCCUGGACGAGAUUGAGAAGAGGCUGAAGUCUCUGGAGCGUUGUCAGUCUGUCGAGGAGAUUCAGCGCCUCUUUGAGUCUGCAGACUUUGAGUCUGUUGUGCGCCUUCUCCAGCCCACUCUCAAUUAUGGAAGCAGAAGUAAACCACUGGAAUUUGUAAACUCUACACCAGAACGACCUGCUCAGUUGAUGCUUCUGCAGAACUCACUGUUGAAGCUACAUGACUACCAGCAGUGUUUGGAAUGCAGUGAGCUAGCUCUGAAUGAAGCCCUGCAGAAGCUCAACGCUGAACCAAACAGCUCUCCAUCUGCCAAAGAUGAAUGGGUCAGCGUUAUUGGAAAGUUGCUGGAUGGCAUCGAGGUCUGUUUCAGUGAGGACUCAGAGCUUCUAAGAAAUGUUCCUCACUUCGCAAGUACAGCCAGACUGGCUAACAACCUCAUUCAGCUGAUUGAUCUUAGCAUGGCCAUUUCUGAUGAUCCCAAAGAGCCAUUUUUCUUCUCAAUUCUUCCUUGGAUUAUUUUGUAUCGCAUCAUAAAACACGAAGAAGCUGCAUUUGACUGUAUGCUCCGACAUCAUGUGUCCGUAGGUGAUGAUGAAGAUGACUUAGACGCUUCCCUGCUGCCUUCAUCCCUGAUGCUUCUGAAUACAGCCCAUGAAUAUCUUGGCCGUCGCUCUUGGUGCUGCAAUUCAAAUGGUUCACUGCUCAAGUUCUAUGUUCAAGUUUUGCAAAAGGAGUUUUCAGCCUUAUCCAAUAGUGAUUCCCAUCCCUACAAAGAGGAGCUGGAGGUGGCCUUGGAGCAGUGCUUUUUCUGUCUGUAUGCCUAUCCCAGUAAGAAGAGCAAGGCCCGAUACCUAGAGGAUCACUCCACCCCACAGGUUGAGUUGCUGUGGAGUGAUGCACUCUUCAUGUUUCAGUAUUUUAAACCGAAGUCACUGCCUGAGUUUGACAGCUACAAGACGAGCACAGUGUCUGCGGACUUGGCCAAUCUGCUGAGGAGGUUCACUGCCAUCGCCCCCCUUAGUAACACUCCCACCCUCAGCAUGGAUGAAGUGGCAGCCUACAUCGAGGGCAUGACGCCAAAGGCCCCAUGCCUUCCAGAGGGAUGUGCUCCUACUCCUCCAAUCAUAAACGAGAUCUUCUACCUUCUAGCUGAUUAUCAUUUUAAGAACAAGGAGCAGUCCAAGGCCAUCAAGUUCUACAUGCAUGACAUCUGUGUCUGCCCCAACAGGUUUGACUCCUGGGCUGGUAUGGCUCUAGCCCGAGCUACUCGUAUCCAGGAUAAACUCAACUCCAAUGAGCUGAAAAGUGAUGGAACCAUCUGGAAACACUCUCAGGCUGUGCUUAACUGCUUUAAGCGGGCCCUGGAAAUCGACAGUUCCAACCUGUCUUUGUGGAUCGAGUAUGGCACCAUAUCGUAUGCACUGCACUCAUUUGCUUCACGACUGCUGAAGCAGUGGCGCAGUGACCUUCCCUCAGAUGUGAUUAAACACAUCGAGGAAAGUAGAGAGUCCAUGUUGGAAACUGCUUUCCAAUGUUUCCAGGGUGCUUCUUGUUGUGAGGGUGACAGUGAUGAGGAAGAGUGGCUCAUCCACUAUAUGCUGGGGAAAAUAGCAGAGAAACGUAAACAAGCUCCAGCCGAAUACCUGCAGUUUUAUAAAAAGUCAGCGCACUAUCUACACGAGGAAGCUGCCAGGUACCCCCGGAAAAUUCACUACCAUAAUCCUCCUGAUUUGGCCAUGGAGGCCCUGGAGUUGCAUUUCCGUCUUAGCGCCACAAUCCUAAAAUUGUUGGAGUCUGAUGCACCUGAUCUGGAACAUGAGGUCUUGUUCGGUUUGCUGGUUGAGGCUGCUACAGGGCCAUUUGCCAGGGGUGAAGAAAAGAACAUGCCAAGCAUGCCAAGGUCCAGUGAAAAGGAGAAACCCGCCUCCAUGAUGGAGGAAGACUUUCAUUGUUCUUCAGUUUGCAUAGACAGUGUUCUUCCAUUGGCUGCAAGCCCAGGUCUGACAUCCCCACCUUAUGUGGCCCCGCCAUUUGACCAUGAUUACGCCAAACGCAAAACACUCCGGCGGCAGCAGUGGCAGCAGCAACAGCGGCAUGAGGAGCAGCAGGCUGAUGCCUUGCCAGAGUUUGACCAUGAUUACUGCCUGCCCAGGUCUUCAAUGUGGCUGGCUUCCCUGAAUGAGCGUAGUCAGGACAGUGAAGUGGUGAUGCUUUCUGACUCAAACUCCACCCAAGAUGCCUUCACAGAUCCCACUAGCUCACAAGACAGCAGCCACAAGCCUGUUUGUGGGAAAGUGAGCCCAUCAUCAUCUGAGAGCACCACCCCUGUGAAGGAAAGUCAGCCCGUGGCUGAGGACACAGCAACUUCACAUGGAGAGAAAUUCUGUGAAGGAGGACAUGCCGGCCUCUUGGAGGAGGUGAAAGUUAUCCAGGAUUUGUUAGAUCCUGUGAUGGUGACACUCUCUGAUGCUUCAGCUCCCAUGAUUUGUGUGGAGACCUCUACUUACCCUUUGCCUGUCUCAGCCACCCUUCCAAAGCCGGUUCUCACUCAACAGGCCACUCCUCAGACCCCAAACCCUGAGAGCAAAAGGAAACCAGAACCCCCGCCUGAAGUGAUUGAGGUGCCAAAAGCCCUUCCAAGUGAACGUUCUGACCAAAAACGUCUGCUGGUGGAGAUGUGUGUCCGUUCUCUCUUCCUCUGCCUCGGCCGUUUCCCUCAGCACUAUAAGAGCCUCUACCGCCUGGCCUUCUUCUACACUAAUAGCAAGACUCAUCAGAACCUACAGUGGGCUCGAGAUGUGUUGCUAGGAAGCAGUGUCCCAUGGCAACAGCUGAAGCACAUGCCAGCACAAGGACUUUUCUGUGAAAGAAACAAGACAAACCUGUUCAAUGGCAUCUGGCGUAUUCCAGUGGAUGAAAUUGAUCGCCCGGGAAGUUUUGCAUCUCAUAUGAACCGAUCCAUUGUGCUGUUGUUGGAGGUCUUGUCUCAGCUUAAGGAUCACGAUACUCUGCUGAAAGUCUCUUUCAUGCUGCACAGAACCCCUGACCAGGGAAAGAAGUAUUUACGGGAUGUUGAUCGCCAGGUUUUGGCCAAGAGAGCAUUUUUCCUAACUGUUAAAGUCCUGGAGGACAGUCUGAACAGUCUCACAGGGGUGUCUGAGCAGCUUUCCAAAGCACCUGCCCCCUCCAUGGGUGAGAUGACAACAACUGACACGUGCAACAGACCCAGUUCAGAGGACUGCAAACAUGCGCUGCCUAAAAAGCCGGGACUCACAGAGGGAGCCUGUGCUACAGGGCCAGACAUGGGGCCUAGAGAAGCCUCUCAGGCACAAAUCACUCCACCCCAACUUUCCACUGUAGCCACAGAUAAGGCGAGUAAGGUUUCAGAAAGCUACCCUCGCAAGAUUGAGGCAUCUGGGAGUGAGGGGCUUAAAGCAGGUCCAGAAGAACCCAUGGAGUUGGACUCUGGACACUGGAAGAAGCCGUCCACUAUCACGGACUCUCCGGGCAGCCAAACAGAGGCUGAGACCUCUGUGAGUACCCUGGAACCCCGAGACAAAAUGGCAGACAGCAGCCGAGCACCAGAGCUUUCGCUCGAAGAGCUAAGUAUCAGUUCCAGGCAGCAGCAGCUCCAAACUCCAACACCCAAAGCACCAAUGGCCCCCAGUGGGACUGAUCAGGGGUUGUUGCGAAAGCCCAACAGAAAACGAAAGCUUAUUGAGGAUGUGGAGUCAGGCAAAACCCUGCUACUUGAUGCCUAUAGGGUGUGGCAGCAAGGUCAAAAAGUCAUGACCUAUGACCUCGCCCGCAUUGAGAAAAUCAUGUCAGAGACUUACAUGCUCAUAAAACAGGUUGAUGAGGAUGUAGCAUUAGACCAAGCUGUAAAGUUCUGCCAGAUACAGUUGGCCACAUCAGCUCAGAGACAGCCUGCUGCCGAUGCCCCGACGACACCGAAGUUCUCCAAGGAGCACAGAGACUUCUUCUUUCCCACUUCCAUGCCAACGCCUCUGCUGCUCAGCCACACUGUCUGCCACCCACUGGCUGCCCAGGACAGCCAAGCCAAAGGGGCGUAUGAGCCCCUGAACAAGGUGUCCAGACCUCCAUCAUCGAGCUUCCACGAGCAGCCACAGAACAGGCGAGCAGCCAUGGCUUUACAACCACACACAGAUGAGAGAGAAGGGCCCUCAGAAGGACUUUCGUAUCGACAGCAGGAGUCGCACCUUUGUCAGCAGAUGAAAUUCACUACGGUUUCUCACGGCCAGGAAUCGGCUUCCGGCUGGUUCCAGGAGGAACUUGCCACAUGUAGCACCGCAUCGCCUUGCAUAGACCAGCAGCAGUAUGCCAGCAGUGACCAGUCCAAGCUUCCAGACCCAAGUCGUAUCCGCUCCCGUGUCCCACCCAACAUGCCAAAGCUCUUCAUCCCUUCCACCGUUACAAAGUUUCCACCAGAAAUCACAGUAACUCCUCCAACGCCCACACUUCUCUCCCCCAAAGGCAGCAUAUCAGAGGAAACCAAACAGAGACUGAAGAACGUCAUCCUGUCGUCUCAGUCUGCGGCCACUGUUAAAAAGGACACGCUGAGCCAGCCCGCCCUGGAGGUGCAGGAGACGUCCAGCCAGGAGUCGUCUCUGGAGAGCGAGUCUGACGAGGAAGACGAUUACAUGGACAUCUGAGCCUGGCGCGGGCUCGUGCACAUGUGGAAACCCAGCUUACAGUAAAGGAACGGUAUGCGUCACAGCUGAGUCCGCUUGAAUGCUGUCGCUUCCUCUUGUGUAUCGCAAACCACAAAUUUAAAAGUCUGAUGCUUAAACGGAGGCAGUGCAGUGUUGCAACCGCAGUGACAGAUGACCACUUUACUUUCGUAGCACGUCAGCCUCUCCAGCUCUGUUGUUCUAAAGCAUACAGCGUUUUUUGGCACAAAGAUGACCAAGCUGCUCCAGCCUGUUUAUGCAUCUUUUUUAAAUUUUGUGUGCUAACUGUGUCUCCGCAUUGCAGCUAAUUCCCUGAUUUUGGGAGCUCUACGUUGUCAUUUUGAGGCGCCUCGGUCCACCGUGACGCCCAGCAGCAUGUGCGUGACUUCCACCUCUUUUAUCGGCAUGCUAAUGUAAUGUGUACGAUGCGUUCAAGUGCUACAUGAUGUAUUUCAGUGGACACAAAAAGGACAAUCAGCUGCACUAGAGGUUUGUGGGCGGAGCUUAGGUGCCGUACAGCAUCAUAACCUGUAGCAGAUUGAAUAUGUUUACACUUUUCAUCAGUUAACACUUAAAUUUGUGCUAUUUUUGUAUUUCUUUUUUGAUAUCUCGUGGUUUUUGGUUUGGUGUGUGUUUAUAGCUCAGAGGAAGCGUUUUUACAGGAAGACGUCCUGUCACCAGCACUGAUGUGAAUGAUGGAGAAUGCCCAUAGUUUCAGUUAGCUUUUGUACAUAUCACAGUCCACAUAUCUUUCUAAAGGUCUGAUGGGUUACUCCGAAUGUUAAAUGUUACACCGAGGGAAUCCUGAACCAACUAACACAACGUUGUAACCCAGCCGCCUUUCUGGUGGAACUGUUCCGUUAAGUUUGUUCCCAUUUUAGCUGAACUAAGAGGAAAACACCAGAAUGUUUCUUUUUUUUUUUAUCUUUUACACAGAUUGUUUCCUAUAUAAAGAGAGCUACUUAACAAUUGUUUCUUGCAAGGUGUCUGAAACUCAUUUUUAAAUAACAUAAAUGAGUAACUGUAAACUGUCAUCCAUUAUGAAUGAUAUUUUGUUUUGUUUUGUUUUUUUUCUUUUUCUGUAAGAUUUUCUGAAUGCAUUAUAAAUGUCAAACCAAAAAUACAUUUCAGAAAC